AUGGUGAACAACCAUGAGAUCAAGAUCAAUUGGGCUUUCCAAACGCAACAGGCCAUCAAAGAUUUGGAUUUCUUUAAUAUCUUUGUUGGAGACUUGUCGAGCGAUGUCAAUGAUGAACUGUUGUCUCAAACGUUCAAUCAUUUCCCAUCGCUUGUCGAGGCGAGAGUUAUGUGGGAUAUGACGACCGGACGGUCUCGAGGAUAUGGAUUUGUUUCAUUUAAAGACGAAGCUGAUGCUACAACGGCUUUGGAGACGAUGGAUGGCAAACUGAUUGGAAGUAGAGCGAUUCGGUUGAAUUGGGCUCAGCAAAAAGUAGGAGGAAUGGCUGGAGGUCCUGGAGGUGGACCUGGUGGAUACCAGAAUCAACAAGGCCAUCACCAUCAUCAUCACCACCAUCAUCCUCAUUCCCAUCAUCAGCAGCCAUAUUAUAACAACAGCGGAGGUAGACAAGGAGGCGGUUCUGGAAGGCGAGGAGGGCCUGGCGGUGCAUCUGGAGGUCCAGGAGGAGGAUACGGGCCUGGAGGAGGGUAUGGCGGCGGGCCAGGAGGAGGAGGAGGAGGAGCUGGAGGUUAUGGAGGAGCUGGAGGAAGCUACGGAAGCUCUGGUGGAAGCUAUGGAGGAUCUGGAGGAUAUAGUGGGCCAAAUAGUGGUAUAUCUGUAGGACCCAGUCACAGCGGUACUAGUAGCGGAGCAGCAUCAGUGAGCAGCAGUUCCGACAGCGGCCAAGUGCCAGCCGGAGCUAUGACUUAUGAUAUGGUAUUCCACGCAACACCCAACUGGCAAACGACAGUAUACGUUGGAAAUUUGGCACCAUAUACACCACCCAACGACCUGCUUUCUGUGCUACAGUCAUUCGGCUACAUCGUGGACUUCAAGUUCCAGCCAGAGAGAGGAUAUGCAUUUGUCAAGUUCGACACCCACGAACGGGCUGCAAUGGCCAUUGUACAAUUAUCGGGCUACCAAUUCAACGGACGUCUUCUUAAGUGCGGAUGGGGCAAAGAUAGAAACAAUUCGCAUAGCAACUAUCAACCCUACCGCCAGUACUAG